AUGUCACCAGCAGCAUCUGAACGCGGAUAUGAAUUAUCAACUAAUCUAGCUGAACUACCAAGCGAUUUGCAUUUUCGUCUUGCCAGUUCCUUGAAUUUUCAAACUGUAUGGAUGAAAGUAAUCGGCGACUCGGCUAGCAGUCCAUUCAGUUUAAAUGUUUCGGAAUAUGAUCGUAUUUUACGAACUAAGAAUCAAGGAUCAUCGCUUUUAUACUUGUGGGGCAAUCGUGGACAGACUAUAAAACUUUUGCUGCAAAGGCUUCAGUCAUUUUCUAAAAUGCAUGGGACAUGUAUGGAUGGACCUCAGUUAGCAAUGAGACGCAAAUUCGUGCCGGUAGUAUGGUCAGCUGCAGAGCAGAUCACGAUUAGAGUGAUGGGUGAUGAUGACUGUAUGCUGCAACUUCUUUGUCAUGCUCGUGGUUUUCCUUGGCCUCAUUUUCAAUGGAUAGAAGGUGAUGAGGAUAUAGACGGUUCGAACGGUAAAGCACUUGUUAUUUCCAGAUGCAGUUGUCGAAGAGAACUGAGGUAUAGAUGUAGAAUAUGGAAUGAAAUUGCGGAUGGCUUCGAAUAUUCGGCAUUUUAUCGGAAAUCGGGAAAGUCAUUUCACUCAAAACUAACAACGGAUCCAGUGGACUUGUCAUUAUUCAUAACUGCCGAUAUGAGAGUAGACUCUUGCGAGCGAUGUGCCAAAUACAAGAAUUUGACUUUGUCGACUGAUUUCUGUAGAACUAUGCGGAACGAGGACACUAUAGGUGGUUGGAACGCAGAAUUAGUCGCUACGGAUAAGGUUGCAUUAAUUAUAAGCAAUUGCAACUAUAUCGAUCUACCGAGCUUAGGUACACCUCACUGUGAUGCCGAAAUGUUUGCAGAGUCUUUGCAAAAUCUUGGUUUCAAAACUGUUGUUCUUGGAGAUUUAAAUCUUGUUGAAAUGCACUUCUUUAUCAAGGAAUACCGCAAACUUCUUGGUGAUGGAGUAUAUGCUGUAUUUUACUUCGUUGGUCAUGGUUUUGAAAGAAAUGGGAAAAAUUAUCUGUUGGCAGUAGAUGCACCAGGUGUUGACUGCAAAAUGGCUGACUGUGUUUCGGUUGAAUGGAUUCUAUCGAUCUUCGAAGAUUCACAUCCAGCUUUAAAUCUGAUGCUCCUCGAUAUCUGUCGAAAAAAUGUGAAAUGUAUUGACACUUUGGGAUGGGUCGAUGAAGCAGAUACCAAGGAAGUACCAAAGAUAGCGCGCAAUACUGUCUGUGGAUAUGCAACUAGCAGUGGGGUUAGUGCUUUUGAAGUUCGUGGAGAAAAGAAUGGCGUCUUCAUGAAGCAUUUGUUACAGCAUAUAGCUGACGAGGCAACAGUUCUUGAAAUGUUAACGAAGACAUUCCAGGAAGUUGCAAAUGAUACCAGAAUUUGUGACAUACAGAUUCCGGAACUUAAAUCAAAUUUGGUCUUACCCCGUGGAUUACGGGAUCCACUUGUUUGUUAUGGCCAUACGACAUCUUUCAAUUGUCAUACUCUGUACUGGCGUUACAUGCAUGAGUUGCCAAGUCCGAUAAAUAUACGAUUUACGGAUCAAAAUAUGCUUGUUAUCAUUUGGUACGACUAUGUUGGACAUUUCACAAACAAAGUGUAUAUAUUCAGUAGUGUCAGUGAUCUAUCUGCUGAAAGCAAUACAGAAAGUUUAAAACCAUUGCCCACCAAAUUUUCGCAUAUUGCACAUUUACGUUUUUCCAAGCAUAUCGAUGUGUCAGCAGAGAGAAUAAUAGAAGAUGGUGACGAUGGUGUUUCAAUAUCAGUAAUGUUAUCAAAUUUGCAGCGCUUUAAAGGAGCUAUAUCGUGCUCGGUGGAUCUUGCAAAUCGCAAAGAUGAUGUAGUGAUAGCAUCAAAAGAUAAUUUAUCACUUGGUGAUGUAUUAGUUACAAGGAUUUAUAGGGUUGAGUGA